GGACAGAGCUCUUCCACGCGGACUGUGGAGGCAUGGAAAAAUCCGAGCCAUCGGGUUCUGAAAAUGUCUCAUGAAGCAUCCGCAGAAUUCAUCUCAGGCCAUCCAUGCUCACUUUUAGAUCAGCUAAAGGGUGUGCCAGAUUAGCAAAUACAAUUGCAAAAAUCGGAGUCCUGGAGACAAGAGGAGCACUUCCCUACUAUGGAUUAUGACCCUUAUGUUGCAGAAUCUACACCGUCCUGACAUCUGAUUGCAGCAAAAGGCCAGACUACCCAGGAGCAUACACUGAUGUUCAGCUUCAGGAGCUGCCUGUAUUCGAAGGUGGUCAGUAAACAACCUCGCAUCUGGGUCCCACUUCAUGGCUCUACAGAGCCAAGCCUCAAAGAUGCUGAACGAGGGAGUAACAGAUGUCUACUCUCCCCCUCUCUCUCUCUUCCUCCCCCUCUCUCUGUCUCUCUCACACACACAUGCACAUACACACAUGCACACAUACACACAUCAAAGAUCCAUAGUACUGAAACAUUUGACAAUAUUCAGCAUCCAUGUCCUGACGUCUGGAGAAGCCAGUUUCCUUUGGUGAUGAACAGCAAUGUGGAAGAGUUUGUAAUUCCACCACAAUUGGACGGGACAGGACCCUCUGAGGAGAUGGAGGAGAAAAGCAACACUCUUGGUCCUCGUCAACUUAAAAUAGAGCUUCCUCUUAUUUCGAGGUACUUUCCAUUGACAGGGCAAUCUAGGGGAUCCCCUAAGUGCAUCAGUACUUCCACCUCUUCAAGAUUCUACCACCUCCCACUAUACGCUUCGGACCAAAUCUUUAACACAAGAGCUUACGCUACUGAGAAACUUGACAUAAAACAUAUUGUUCACACCGAGCCACCUUUAAUUGCCCUGGUUCAGCAUGGAGCUGGACCCAAGCUAAAGUCCCCCUCGGCUCUGCAGGUUCCCUCACUCUGUAACUGACUACUAUGGACAAAAGAAACUUUCCAGCACUCUCUGCAUCCAGCCAGAGCCUGGUGGAUACAGAAGCUUGUUAGUAAACCUCUGACACUCUC